AUGCAUAACCUGGAUGAGCAGGUUACGCCUACUCAGGCAUCCGUAGAUGGCAAUGCGCGUUCAUUUGACAUGCCGCGUUCUAGCAGGCUGAGGGAGGAACUUUGUUUUCAAGCAAGUGAAAUGCCCACGUCGCACAUCAUGGCAUUGGACCAGCUAAUUCAGUACCAAUGUGCCCACUUGGAGAAGCAACUUGUUGCUUUGAAGGUGAAGCGUGAGUUGUUGCACCAGGGGAAAACAGUUUUUGUUUCCCUAAAUGAGCUCGUCAGUGAGGAGUGUCUGGAGGCAGCAGAAGAUUUGUUAAGUUCCGUGUCAGCAGGUCCUUCCAUUGAGGCACCUGCGGCUCAGCCUUAUACUUUAUCGCGAUCUCGAACGGUUGGCGAUGAGAUCUCUCAUAUAAUUGAUUCUAUCAAUACGCGCAAGGCUAACGAGGAAGAGAGCGAUGGUUUAAUGCGCCGCGUGCAAUUUACAGCUAUAGAUACGGAUUCUACCGUAUGCACGCAGGCACCACGGCGGUCUGUGACUUUGCCUGAAGGUCGAUCUUCAGGUCCUAUUGGCGAUGUGUCUGAUGAAGAUGCGAUUUCAUCCGACAGUGAAUCCGAGGAACCGUUGGAGUCUGGUCCCACCGGUUCUGCGGUCGAGGCUGAAGAGGAUACUCAGGAGCUGGAAUACGGUGAUGCUACGAACCGUGUUGCUGUAGUAGGGUGUGAUUGGGACAACAUUAGUGCCUCUGAUCUCUUCGUGUUAUUCGAGACAAUGUAUCGAUCACUCACGUCUAACCACACCGGUUGUGUGAAAAGGGCAGCAGUCUAUCUGUCCGACUUCGGUAAAGAGCGUUUGGAACAGGAGAGCUUGCAUGGACCUUCGAUUGGUGUCCCUGAUGAUGUGCGCGAGGAAGAGCUUGACGAAGAAACUCGUCAGGAAGCUUUACGGAAGUAUCAGAAGGACCGUUCUCGAUAUUAUUAUGGCAUUGUAGAGUUUGAAACUACCGAUCAGGCUAAGUUGUUGUACGACGAGAUGGACGGUGUUGAAGCCUAUUUCGCUUUCGCCAGUCUCGACUUGCGAUUCGUACCAGGUGAUAUUGUUUUCGAUCGUGAUCCUACAUCCGAGUGUUUCGAGAUGCCAAUCAACUACGAGCCACCGAUGGAGAGCACUUCUGCGUUCCGUCACUCCAGGGUUGAAUGCAAGUGGGAUUUGCCUUCCACUAAGCGUUUUAAGACUUUAACAAAGAGAUUCAAAGAGCAGGACAUUGAGUCUCUUGACGUUAAGGAAUAUCUUGCAUCUGAAGACGACGACGAUGUGAACGUUGAGGAGUAUAAAUCGAUAUUGCUGGACAAAUCUGACACUUCUACCUCGGUUAUAUCUAUAGACGGCAACAUUGGCGCCAAGAUUGGUAAAUACAGUAUAUCCUUUGGGGCAUUUCAGGAUAUGCCUGACUUGGAUGAGCCUAAGAUGUCUACAUUACAAGAGGAUAUUAAAGGGCGUAAAUCGUCAUCUGGCAAGCGUAAAUCUAAGCGUGCCCGUAAAAGUGUGGAUGAAGAGCUGGAUGACGUUCGUGACUUCGACGCUCGUCUCUCACAAGAGCAGCAACCAGGUUUCGAUGGUAAAUUGGAUGACAGUCGUUUCAAGCGCGUGUUACAUGACCCUGAUUUCGCCAUUGAUACUCGGCACCCUAAAUAUCGCGUACAACACAGAUUUCAACAAGAAUCUUCUAAGACGGAAGGCGGAAUUAAAGCGUUGAGAACAAUGUUAAAUAUAGAUAUUGGUUUGUUGCGUCGUUUUCUUUUGGCGGGCGCUAGCGCCGAUGCCGCCGCCGAGCUUUUACGUAGCGUCACAGUGGACGAGAUUGUGCUGAAUUUGUCCCAACUAGGUGACGAGAGUUUCCCUAGUAGCUGCGAUGAGGACUGUUCUUUGGCCGAAACGACCGACGAUCGAUACCCUGGCACUAUAUUGGUGCGUGUUUUGGACGACCUUUUGGAUGUUGAAAGGCUUGGUUCGCUUUUCCACAACCCUCAGAUAAUGGAUUUGCUUUCCGCACGCCUUCUCACCGGUUCCUUUCCAGUCAGGCUGUUGUUCGUUCAGAAAUGCAAGCUCUACUUUUCAAAAAACGGUAAAUCAAACGACAAGCUGACAGAAGUACUGUGGCGUCUAUUAUUUGAUAGUGAGUAUCGAAUUUUCGAAUCAGCAUCCCAGGCGCUAUGUUUGAUCGUGGAGCGUGAUCCCCACCUUUUGACCCCGUUGCGUUUGGAGGAGCUCGCUACCACUGUGAAGGUGGGCGAUUCCGACGGUAUCCUUGGCGUCCGCGUCAUCGAGUUUUGCGCAUCUCUAGGUAGCACAUCUCCUGUCGCAUUUAAGGCACUCCUGGGUGCUGGGCUAUACGACGCUAUGUUCAACAUGUACAUGACGGCAGACUGUUUGGUAAAGCUCAACUGUCUGGAGAUUAUGGAGCGUAUGCCCACGUUUGUAUACCGCUUACAGGAGUCGUCCGCUAUUCCGCGUGAGUUUAUCACGCACGCGUUGUCCACAGCGUCAUCCGAUGGGCAUCACAGCGGUGACGAUUUGAUCGCACCGUUUCUAUUUAAAUUUCUCCUAUUCCUGCUUCGUCAGAAAGCGUCUCUCACUACCGAAGACAGUGCCAGGUUCGGUGUUGUGGUCUCUCGGGUUAUCAUGCAAGGUACUCCACGGACUAUUUCGCCGAUAUUUUUGUCGGCGCUUGAAUGCUUCGGACCCCUUUAUCUCUUGGGCCACAUAUCACCGGACGUAUGCCACAAGAUCGAGGAGAUGUUGUCUGGUACAGCGCAAGAGAGCGUGCUCCUGUCCGUGGUGGCAUCACUUUCGCGUAUGGGUGAUGAACCUCUUGGCCCAGAACACUUUUCAGUUUUUCAUGCCUUGACACGGCGCGUAGUGACGGCACUACCUCGCUUCCCAUUAUCUGAAGUGCGUGAGUCAGUGUACACAUUUUUAACCAAGGCGGUACGCUUUGACGGUAUAUUGCGCUGCAUACUAGAGGAAGAGUCCAAGACGCACCUUUUCAGCAGCGAGGAGAAUCUGUACUCCACGACCGUUGCAAAGAAACAGCUGGUAAAACUUGUUCUCCAGCUGGUAGAGGACUCUAACGUCGAAAGCGAUUACCCUCUUCGCUCGCAAUGCAUCAACGCCCUGCGUCGUUACGCUUGCAGCUGA